GUUUAUAAGUUUCAUGCUGCGAAUUUUUAUUAAUUAACUCAGAAUUUUGCCAUUAAUUUGUUUAGAACAAUGAGUAUAAAUACAGCACGACUCAAAAUGUCUUUGACAAACAUCAAUAAAACUGUCAAAUCAAGUGAAAUCAAUGGAAUUUUAGCAAAAAAGAAGAUACAGGCUGAAGAUGUUGAUGAUACGAUCAAAAUUCUUUGUGAUUUGAUGAUUAAGAAUCCAGAAACGGCAUUUCAAGUUAGACAACAGUUCCAAUAUAUAUUAUUUCCUAUCGUUUGCUCACUGCUUAAUAUGUCUGAGAGUAGCUUCGUUGACUUUCAAAUUAAAUCGAUUAUCUUGUCGAUUCUUGCAGAGAAAAACUCGCAAAUUUUGGGAUAUAGCCGUAAAUACUUCAAUGCAAGGAGUCUGUCGCCAUUCGUAGAGGAAGCAGCACACGAUGAACAGAGAAAGAAGAAAAUGAAAUUGUCAAAAAAUGUUACGGAUCUUCAAAUUGUCUCAAUGGGAUUAAGAUUCUUACAACUUGAUGCUUGCUUCUAUCGUCGCAUUUGGGAUUGGAGUUCAUUUAUUGAGCUAUUCAGCAAUAAAGGAUGUGAUUUACAAAAGUUGUACUGCAAUAAAGUAACAACAAUAAUUUUCGCAUUUUCAAAUCAUCAAACAGAACUGCUGAAUAAUAGUAUGAAUAUCUCCGAAGAGACAUGCAUAGAAGCUGAAAUUGACAUAACACAAUUAGCAACUGAAGAGAUAAAAUCGCUAAAUGAUAAGGAAGUGAUUGAUUGGAAGUAUGAGAGUGAUAUAAUAACGGAUAUUGAAGGAGUUUAUUUACCAAUUUAUAACAAGUCAGUCGUUGAAUAUUAUCAAGACAAAUUGGAUAUUGUAAAAGUAGAUUCAACAAGUGUUAAUUUGAGAAGUUUAGCUCUCGGUGUGUCAUCAGGCAAAGCAGUUUGUCUUUGCGGACAUGUUGGAUCUGGAAAGACAACAUUAGUUGAGUAUUUAGCAAAGAGAGUUGGACGAUUGUCACCAAAACUUGAAGACUUUAAUGAAUUUUUAAAUUCAAAGAAGGAAUUCAAUGCAAGACAAGUCAAUGGAAAUAAAAGAAAAAUUGAAAAAUCAUUUGAAAUGGAUGGAAAUGAAAAUUUAUAUGAAUCGGGAUUUUUGAGAAUUCAACUUGGUGACCAAACAGACAGUAAAGUGCUUCUUGGACAAUAUCGUUGCACUGACAUUCCUGGAGAAUUUGUAUGGCAACCAGGAGUUUUAACGCAAGCUGUUAUGAAUGGUCAUUGGCUGUUGCUCGAGGAUAUAGAUACAGCAACUCAAGACGUUUGUGCGAUUUUAACGAAUCUGCUUGAAAACAACUUUUUGAGAGUUCCAGGAUUUCGUGAAAACUUGAAAGUCGCUCAAGGCUUCCAACUGUUUUUGACAUUAAGAACACAUAAGAUGUCAAAUCAAUCGACAAACUCAGCAUAUAGUUUAUUAGAAAAACAUUUGUACACGAUUAACAUGCUUCCUUUAUCCAGAAAAGAACUGUCAACAAUCAUUUGUCAAAAUUACCCAAAACUAGCAUCAGUCUCUUCAAGAAUCGUAGAUGUAUUUCUGAUAUUCUCUCGUGGAUGUCACACAAAUGAAAUUGAGUACGAUGAUAUUGAAAUGCUGAAUGGCUCAAAAGCUGUUAAAAAAGAAAAUAAUGAUAACGAUAGCGACGAUGAAGGACUUCCAUAUGCUAAUAAGUAUAAACUGAAUAUUCUUCCAACUGCUGGCAGAAUGGUCUCAACUCGUGAUUUGUUAAAGCUCUGCAAACGAUCUAGUCUCACUUUUAAGGCAACUAGUUCCGAAUGUGCAUAUUUAGUGUUUCAAAAUUGUGUAGAUCUAUUCAGUUCUCAUUUAUCAUACGGAGAGUUAAAGACAAACUUAAUAAUCAGCAUUGGUGCUCGUCUCGGAAUUAUUGAAACUCGUUGUAUCCAUUUAGCAAAUGAAUAUAAACCAAUGAUUAAAAUGACAACAGACGAAAUAGUGAUUGGACGUGAAACAGUGUUAAGGCACAGUAAAGAAUUAGUGUCGAGUGAAAAGAAAGUGAAAAUUAGUGAUGAAGAUGAUGUAAUUGGAAAGAAUAAAGUUCCACCACCAACAUUUUCAUUUACUCGAGUUUCUUCCUGUAUUUUGGAACGAAUUGCUGUUGCAUGUCAACAAAAUGAGCCAAUUUUACUCGUAGGAGAAACAGGAACAGGCAAAACUAGUGCUGUUCAAUAUUUGGCAUAUCAAACUAAUCACAACUUAGUCGUUGUUAAUAUGAACAAUCAAUCGGAUGUAUCAGACUUAAUUGGAGGUUUUAAGCCUGUUGAUAUGCAGUUCAUUGUCUCGCCAUUAAGGAAUGACUUUGAGAAUCUUUUUGCAAGAACUUUUGAUGUUUUGAAGAAUGAAAAGUUUUUGAGUCACGUUGCUAGUUGCAUUAAUCGUGGAGAUUACUCAAUCUUAAUUAAACUCAUGCUGAAAGUCAUAUCCAAUGCAUAUAAAAUUCUACAGGACAAGAAGAACGAUUCAGACUUUAUAAGAUGGCAAAAUUUAGAAAAGAAGCUGAAGAAACUUGAUCAGCAAUUAAAACAUUCUGUAAACCUUUCAUUUGCAUUCAUUACUGGAUCUUUAGUAAAUUGUAUUAAAAAUGGCGAUUGGGUUUUGUUGGAUGAAAUUAAUUUAGCAUCAACAGAAACGCUAGAAUGUCUAUCAACAAUACUUGAAGCUGAUGGAUCUAUAAUUCUACUAGAAAGAGGUGAUUUUGUUCCAAUUAAAAGACAUCCAAAUUUUAGAAUAUUCGCUUGCAUGAAUCCAAGCACGGAUGUUGGUAAAAAGGAUUUAUCCGUUGGAAUUAGAAAUCGAUUUACAGAAUUCUUUGUUGAUGAAUUGACAGUCGAGAAAGAUUUACUAAUCUUGGUUGGAGAUUAUUUAAGUAAUACAGGAAUUGAAAAAUCGAGAAUUCAUAAAGCAGUUCAAUUGUACAUGGAAUUAAGGAACUUAUCACAACUAGAAUUAAAUGAUGGAUUAGGCAACAAACCUGUUUUUUCUCUUCGUACAUUAUGUCGUGCAUUGAGAACGUGUGCCAAAAAUCUUUGUGGAUCAACAGAACGUAAUCUUUAUGAAAGUUUCUGUCUUAGUUUUUUGACACAACUUGAUUCACAGUCUCAUAACUUAGUGCUACAAAAGAUACAAAGUUAUUUAGUCAGUAAUGUCAAGAAGAUUUUAUCACAGCAGAUUCCAAAACCACCAAUUGAGAAUGUCAUGAAUUUUGAAGGCUUUUGGAUAGAACAAGGUGAUAAGGAAUUGUCUGAAUGCAAGGAAUACAUUAUGACUGAAAGUGUUCAAAAGAAUCUUAAGGAUUUAGCUAGAAUCAUUUCAAUUGGAAAGUUACCAAUUUUAAUUCAAGGACCGACAAGUGCUGGAAAGACUAGCUUAAUUGAGUACAUAGCAAGAAGAAGUGGAAAUCAUUGUUUAAGAAUCAAUAAUCAUGAGCAUACUGAUUUACAAGAAUACGUCGGAACUUAUGUUGCUGAUGUUUCUGGAAAAUUGUCAUUUCAGGAAGGAGUUUUAGUUCAAGCUAUGAGAAAUGGAUAUUGGAUAAUUCUUGAUGAAUUAAAUUUAGCACCAAGUGACAUUCUUGAGGCUCUUAAUCGUGUACUGGAUGAUAAUCGAGAACUUUAUAUCCCAGAAACUCAAGUUUUAGUUAAAGCACAUCCAAAUUUUAUGCUGUUUGCUACACAAAAUCCACCAGGAUUGUAUGGUGGACGAAAAACACUUUCACGAGCCUUUAAAAACAGAUUUAUUGAACUCCAUUUCUCAGAAAUUCCUAAAAAGGAACUGGAAGUGAUUUUAGAAAAGCGAUGCAUGAUUCCAAUGAGUUAUGCACAAAAAAUGGUCAAGACAAUGUCAACAUUACAAGUUAAUAGAAGAACGACAACAAGGAACAAUUUUACACUUCGUGACUUGUUCAGAUGGGGUAAUCGAUAUACAUUUGCUGACAAUUCAUUACUUGGGGAUCGAAAUUACGAUUGGAACCAACAUUUAGUCGAUGAAGGAUAUUUAGUUCUAUCUGCAAAGGUUAGAAAUCAAACUGAGACAGACAUAAUUGUUGAAACAUUAAAGAAGAACUUUUCUAAGAAUAUAUCAAUAGAUCAUUUGUUCACACUUAGUGACCAUACCUCAAAAGUGACAAAAAGCAUAUUAGAAACAUUAAUAAGCUAUAAAGGAUCACAAAAUGUCGUUUGGACAUUCGAAAUGCGAAGAAUGGCUGUUAUGGUCUCUAAAUCACUUCAAUUUAAUGAACCUGUGCUGCUUGUUGGACCUACUGGUUGCGGAAAAACGACAGUAUGUCAAUUAUUAUCAGAGCUUCAUGAUAGAAAAUUGAGAAUCCUUAAUUGCCACAUGCAUACUGAAAGUGCAGACUUUAUUGGAGGCCUGAGACCUUGCAGAGAAGCAAAAGAAUCAGAAAAUUCAUUAAAAUUGUUUGAAUGGAGUGACGGACCAUUGAUAUUUUCAAUGAUAGAAGGAAGUUAUUUCCUUGCCGAUGAGAUCUCAUUGGCUGAAGACUCUGUUUUGGAGAGAUUAAAUUGUGUUUUAGAACCAGAAAGAAAGAUUUUGUUGGCUGAAAAAGGCGGUGUUAAUGAAAAUGUCUUGAAAAAGACUGAAAAUUCUGAAUUUGUAAUCAAAGCAUCGGAUGGCUUUCAAUUCUUUGCAACAAUGAAUCCAGGUGGAGAUUUUGGUAAAAAGGAAUUGUCACCUGCUUUAAGAAACCGAUUUACAGAGAUUUGGUGUACAGCUAUGUAUAGCGAUGAAGAUUUAAUGAAAAUUGCAGUAAAUAUAAUGGAAAUUACGUACAAAACCAUUGAUCCUAUUAUAAAUAAAAUCGCUGAAAUCAUUGUAAAGACAGUAAAUGUUGUCAAGCAGCUUGUUGAAAAACUCAAUUUCUCAAUAAGAGAUAUCCUUGCUUAUGUCAACUACAUCACACAAAAUCACAACAUUUCUAAUAUUGAUUCUUCAAAUUUGGACAUGAAUAAUGCAUUGCAUUGUGGCUUAAAAACAAUAUUUUUGGAUUCUCUAGAAAUGCUGCCUUAUGAAAAUGUCAAAGAAAUAGCAAGCAUACGCGAUAAAGCCUUUAAGGAACUGCAUAAAAAUAUUACUGAAAUUUUGGAAAGCUCAGUCGAUUCAUCUACAUUAACUGCUCUAGAAGAAAGUCAAGUUACACUCGAUUUAGAGUCAUUCAAGUUUGGAAUUAAUCCAUUUUAUCUUGACAUUAAUCAUGAGUUGUCAGAAAAGCCUACAACAUUCACAUUUACGGCACCAACUACUAAGCAAAAUUUAUUCAGAGUUCUGUCAGCAAUGAGCUUGAAAAAGGCAAUUCUACUUGAAGGACCUCCUGGCGUCGGAAAAUCAUCCUUAAUAGAGAACAUCUCGUCAGCUAUUGGAUAUAAUCUCGUCCGAAUCAAUUUAUGCGAACAUACAGACAUUGCUGAUCUUUUUGGAACUGACUUACCUGUUGAGAGCUCAAUUUUCGAAAAUGAUAAUAAUGAUGUUCAGCUAGGAUCAUUUAUGUGGCGCGAUGGACCACUUUUGGCUGCUCUAAAGUCUCCAAAUACUUGGAUUUUACUUGAUGAAUUGAAUUUGGCACCACAAAGUGUUCUCGAAGGUCUAAAUGCCAUUUUGGAUCAUCGUGGGGAAGUAUUCAUUACUGAACUUAAUAAAACAUUCAAAUUAGGACAAUCAACAAGAAUAUUCGCCACUCAAAAUCCAUUACGUCAAGGUGGUGGCAGAAAAGGACUUCCUCAAUCGUUCCUUAAUAGAUUCACAAAAGUUUAUUUAAGAAAGUUGGAAAAAACAGAUUUGUCGCAUGUCGUUAGCCACAAUUUUAAAAUAUUCGAUGAAAUUGAUGUCCUUAAAGAAUACAAAUUAAUUGAUAAGAUGGUGACAUUCUCAGAAAGGAUCGAAAGUGGAAUUUCUAAUCUUGAGUUUGGGUUUAAAGGCGGUCCAUUUGAGGCAAAUUUGAGAGAUAUGUUGAGAUGGUGUGAAUUUGUAACAAACAAGGAAACUGGAUUUGACAUGAUGAGACUUGAAAAUACAUCCCUUAAUGACUUUCAAUUAGUGCUUUUUGAAAAGAUGAAGUUAGUCUAUUGUGAACGAAUGAGGACAGAACAUGAUGUCGAGAAUAUAGUAAGAAUUUUUUGUGAAAUUUUCGAAGCUGAUACAGAUAGAUUAGAGAAGGAAUGUCGAACUGUUGGAUUCUAUUGGAAUGACUCUAAUAUAUUCUUUAAUGACGUCCAAUGCAAACGAAAAGUGUCGAAUAAUUUCAAUGAUUUAAGCAGAAACAAUCAUUCAGUCAUUUUGUCAAGUCAAUUAAAUGAAUUAAAGUCCAUAACUGAAUGUGUAUUGCUGGAAAAGCCAAUUCUACUUUGUGGACCUACUGAUUGUGGAAAGACAAAAAUUAUUGAUGCAUUUUGUGAGCUUUAUAAUGAAGAACUUAAUUUCGAUACAAUUGAUGAUUCCGUGACUGGAAGUUUUCAACAAUUUGACUUUAAUAGAAUGCUUGAGGAAGUUUGGAAGUACGUUGAAGAGAAAUUGCUGAUUAAAAUUAUGGAAAUUAUUACAAAUGUUCACAGUAACAUCCAUAGAAGAUCAUUGUUUACAAAUUUAUAUUUAUUAUGGAGAGAUUAUGAUGUCAAUUCCGUUGUUACUCAACAAGAUGACAAAUUUAAUGAGGUUGAGCAUUUCUGUAAACGACUGGAUCUUGUUAAAACUAUUAUUGACGCACUUAUAAGCAAUUACGAUGAAGAUGACACAAUAAUUUUCGAGGAAAUGCUUAAAGAUCUUAAAAUAUGGAGAAACUUUUUAGUUAAAACAUCAGCUACGCUUAAUACAGGAGGUCAUUUUGUCUGGAUUGAUUCAAUGAUUGUAAAAUCCAUCAAAUUUGGUAAUUUCAUUUGUCUUGAGCAUGUCAAUUUAGUUUCAUCGGCUAUUCUCGAUCGAUUAAAUCCAAUUUUGGAACCAAAUGGAAGUUUAAUGAUAGCUGAAAAAGGAGUUGAUGACUCAAAUCAGCCAGAAACAAUUUCUAAGCAUAAAAACUUCCGCGUUUUCUUGACAACAGACCCUAAAUUUGGUGAAGUUUCUAGAGCUAUGAGAAAUCGCUGCAUUGAAUUGUCAUUGUCGCAUCAAUUGUACACAGAAGAUGAUUUAAGAAAGUUAAUUUACCUUCAAGGUGUUCAUGAUAUGUAUUUGAUCAAAGCCAUUCUAGACAUUCACAAAGGAUUGAACAGCUUGUCUGACUAUUCGACAUUUGGCGUAUCCCAUUUAAUCAAAAUGGCAUUUUUGGUGUCUCAAAAUAAAUCAAUGGGAUUAGAAGAUAGAAAAUGUCUGAUUCUUGGUGCACUGGAAGUUUAUGUUCGUUCGUCUAACAUUGAUUUAUUAGGAUUUGGAUUGUCAUUUUACAAAUCUAAACUUAGACAGCAAAUAUUAGAUGCUGUAAAUAAACUUAAAAGUGUCGAAAACUUGGUGAAUUAUAAAAAUUUAAUUAUUCAUUCAAAUGAACUGUCGGAAAUGACAAUGAUAAAGUUCCAAGCUGAAGGACUUCUUUCACUAUUAAGAUGUUGUGAAAAGGAUAUGAAUUUCGAGGAAGUGCUGGAUAAUUUACAUACAAAAAUAACCUUUAAUGAAAUUAAAGAUCCAGAAAAUAUUAUGAAAUAUUUGUUGACAUUCUUGUACAUGCUCAGUACAUUCUCUGACGUCCAUAAAAGGAAGAUUUAUCUCAACAAAAUGAUUACGUCUAUAAGCAAAGCAUCAACAUUGAAUAAAUUAAAUGAGAAUCUUUAUAAAAUUGUCAAGGAGCUUGCAAAUGAAAUUCAACCAAAUUUACCAUGGAAUUCCAAAAUGUUUAGUCGUUUAAGACCUUAUAAUGAUUCCAAUCUUGAUUCUACUGAUCAAUUCAGAAUCACGAUGUUAUUAAUAUUUGAAAUGACACUUGAGGAUAUCCAUGUUGGAAAAUCUAUUGCAUUAAAGGAUAUUGACUCAGUUACAUACUCGAGAGCUGUCCAAAAGAAGUCCAUAGCUGAUACAGUCAAUAAUAAGAUGCUGACUGAGCUCUAUAAUCUCUUAGGAACUUACAAAAGCUUUUUAGAUUCAAGUUUCAAAACUGAGAAGCUAAAUAUUAACGAGAAAAUGUCAACAGAUUUAAUAUUGUCAUUCUUGUGGUUUAAUCGUUUGCUGUCUACAUCCACACAGAAGUUAUUCCAUAGAAAUAAUGUCAAAACUGAUUUACUAGAUGAACUCUAUCUUCACUUUAAAUGGCUCGGUAAGCACUGCAUAAAUUAUUUAACAGAAAUUUGCACUUCCAAUAUGAAUCAUGUCUUUAUGACUACAUACAAUGAAAUUCAAAAUUACAUCCUUGGUUCGCAUCAUACCCUUCAAAUAUGCAAAAAGAUUUAUGUCAAGAAUUUCGCUUCGUUCCUGCCAUUUUAUAAAGAGGAACAGAUUAAAAAGCUUAAGGAAGGAGAGCUUUUAAAUGCUUUGACAUCAAUCACACCAAACAUGAAUGAACUCCUUGAAUUUAAUGAGUUUAAAUGCCGACUUUUAAUUCUGUUGGAUACAAAAUAUCAAAAGAUUCGUAGACAAGUCAAUAAUAAUAAAGUAACAGACAUAAAUGAGUUAUUUGAAAGUUUUACGGAAACUUUUAAUGAUGAAAUAAAGGAAUCAAAUUUGUAUGAAAGCUGGAAUGAUAAUAUCAACAACUUUAAGCCACUGAUCUUUGAGGAUCGCUUCUGUAUCGAGAAAGAAGUAAGUGAAUUGAAGAAACAGUUCCAAAAUAAUGAUUCUGUGGAUUUAAAGGAUGUGAAGUACAAUAUUGAAGUAUUGCCAAUAUUUGAGUACUUCCUGAUGAGAAUUUUGUCUAUUGCUGUGAAUGGAAAAUGUGUCAUAAAUGAUGAAUAUCCAAUAAAUGUCCCAUCUAUUGAUAGUAAUACCUUAGCACUUGUCAAAAUAAUCAGUGACAAGCGUUAUAGCAUCUUACAAAAUAUUUCAGAAAUUGUUAAUUCCUCAAAUGAGUUCAAGAAGAAAUAUUCAAGCUUUAAAAUGGCAAUCGAUAGCACAAUCAAUGAGAGUGUCCAUAAAUCAACGAUCAUCAACAGUGACUUGUGCAGAUCAACAGAAAAAGAGGAAAUUUAUUCAGCAGUAAGCACUAAUCAUAUGUUUGUUACUGGAGGUUUAUUAACUUACAAUUUGAUGUCAUUAUUAAUGGGCAAGAAUGGAGAAAUUCGUCAAAUUGGCUUAGGGGAAGUCCAUCAAUGGAAAAUAGUCCUAAAUGGUCUACAAAACAUGCUGUGGAUGAAUGCAGAAGUUAAUACAUCCAAUUAUGAUUUGGUUCAGUUUAAUUUAAAGAAGAAUUCACAACAAGCUGAACAUUUAUUAAUGGAAAUAGAUGUUGUUAAGGAUCAAUGUCAGUCACUUGAAAAUGAGAAUUAUUCAGACUUUAAUCAAGAAUUUUGGAAUCUCUUGGACUAUUUAAAAACCGUCUUAGCUAAGGAACAAAAUGACAUAUCCAAAACCAAUUUGUGGCUUCAAAACUACACUAUUCAGUCACUAUGCAGCGUCAUGAAGUUAAACCUUAUAUCAUAUUUUCCACUUAUUGAUCCAGUAAAGAAAAAUGUCCUUAAAACUAAGUAUGUAGAUGAUGAUAUAGAUCAUUUAAAUAAAUUCCUUUUUGCAUAUCAAAUGAUGUCCACAAUGUUGGAAUAUGAGAACUUGGGAAGAACCGACCGAGAAUCAAUUGAAAAGAAAGUCAUCGAUUUACAUGAAAAGCACAUGAAAUAUUCGAAAAAGACAGCCUUAAGACCAGAUGUAUGCUCUUAUAGUUCAAUGGUUCGGGACAUAAAUCACUUUUUGACAUCAUUCUGUCAUCCAAAGCAAUUCCAUGAUCUAUUAAGGAACAUUGAUAAUGAACUGAAUCACCAGAUAAGCAACAAGAGUAUAUCCACCAAUCAAUUGGCUGAAAAUAUGAAAAUUGUGAUUAGUGACUUGAUUAGUAAAUUAGAUUUAUGGAUUGUUAAUGCUGACAAAUUCCUUGGACACACUUUAAGAAACUACAAUAAAUAUUAUCGGGACUUUACAGCUCCAAUCCACUACUGCAUAACAUCGUUAAAGGACAGUCUUUUAGGUCUUAAAAGUUUAUUAAAAAUGAAGCAUGACUCAAUUCAAGUCACAUCUAGUGGAAUCUUUUGGAAUUGUAAUGAAAAUGAGGAACUAUCAAAUAUUAUGAAGGAACUGAUUGAAUUUCCAGCAAAAUCACAUGAAAGUUUCUUAAUGGAUGCAACAUUAAAGAAUCAUUUCUUCUCAAUAAUCGAGUCAAUUGAGAAUGGUGAAAAUUUGUACUUUGAAAUGAUCAAGUCAAAUAUCCAGGAAGUGACAAAUACGAGUACAACAGUUUAUGGAAAAAUGACACCAAAAUUAUUCGAGAAAUUUGAUCACAUUUUGAACAUUUGCAACCAACUUUGGCAGAAACAAGAAGAAUUAAAAGCUAAGAGACAAGCUGAGGAAGACAGUCUUUAUGUCACGAAAACAAAAUGCAAGGAAGAUGAUGAAGAAGUUGUAAAAAUGCGCGAAAUAGCUGAAAUGUUCCCAGAUAAUGCUGAAAAUGAUUUUAAUGACUUUAUACAGCAAGACACGUUAGAACAAACUGUCGAGAUUAAUAAGCCACUAAAGGAUAUGAAGGACAUCAUUACUGAACGUGAUUUUAAAUUAAUCGGUGACUUUUUCAUGUCACUAAUGGACAGUGAGCAUAAAACUAAUGAAAAGGAUGUCCUUAAAGUUUUUAAUCAGAAGAUGAAGAUUUUUAAUGCAUUUUUGGAGCGCUUUAAGACCUGUCUCGAAUGCUCAAUUGAUAAAGAUUCCUACAAAGGAAUGAGUCUUUUAGUUGGAUAUUGUCAGAGCGUCUAUGAUGACAUGCAGAUCACAGACAAUCCGAGCAAGAUUUUCGACUUUUACACAGAUUCUAAUGUCCAAGAAGCAUUGACAUGCAUAAGUGUGAUGGAGAAGCUUGAAAAGCGGGUAAACGUUGAAUUAGAGCAAUGGCCUGAUCAUGCUGUAUUGAAUGAUCUGAUUAUUCUAAUCAAUCGUAUCAGAGGCUUCUCAUGCAACUCAUCCCUAGUUCGAUUCAAUGUUGGCUUACAAAUUUUAAGAAAAAAAGUUUAUGAAUGGAACAGCGUUGCUCAUAAAUUAAACAACUUUAAGGAUAUUGAGCAUGAAAUUGCAGAAAUAAUACAGAGAUGGAUGAGAAUGGAACUGCAGUGCUGGAGAGAAUCGUUAAAACAGUCGCAACAAAAAGUUGAAGCUAAAUCUUAUCGUUAUUGGUUCUUCCUGUACAAUUUAAUUCAUGAAUAUUUGCAAGGAUCAUCGAAAUCUCAAACAGAAUGUCUUGUUGAUUUUAAUAGUGUUGAAAAGAGAUUUGGUAAAGGAGAAAUUUUGGAACAAAAGCCUCAACAAAGUGGUGAAGAGAAAAUAUCAUUAAAAGCUGUGACGAAUGUCUUGAAACAGUUUAUUGAAUCAUCAAGUUACGGAGAAUUCGCUUUAAGAAUGAAUUUACUGAAAUCUUUCAAGUGCUACUUGAUUAAAAUUAAUGAAGAAAACCCGUCAAAUGAAUCAUGUCAAAUAAUCGCACUUCUUCACAAUAUUCACCAAUAUUUCACACAGUUCUCAAAUAAAGUACAGGAAAUGAUUGAUUUUAUGAGAAAGCCUAUUGAAGAUAAAUUAAAGAAGUUUGUCAAGAUUAAUUCAUUCAAUAAGGAUUUGUCCUAUUUUGGCACAGAAUCAAGCAUCAAGCAAGUCCAUCGCAAUUUACAUAAAUUUCUUAAAGAGUUUGAAGUCGAAAUCAGCAAGAAAAUUUCAGAUUUGUUCAUUUACAAAGAUUCAGGAACGGAACUUGACUUGAACUUGCAUGGUCAAGUUGCAUCAAAUGCAUUAAAAUUAGAAACAUUUAUUGGAACUGAUGUCAUUGAGAAGGAACAGAAUAGUUCUGAAGUUCUUUCAUUCAGCAACAUUAAUAACUUUAUUUUAAAGAGCAGAACUUUAGUAUCCAAUUUAUUAUCAAACGUUCAGUACCCAAAAUUAGUUGAAAAUUUGGAAGAACUCAUUAAAAGUGAACUCGACAGAUGUAAUCAAUUAAGAGCUUUGAAAGUGGACGAAAACUUUCCAAGAAACAAACAAAAGUCACAGGCUAAAAGCAUUUUGAACCAGAAACGAAAAGCACUAAGUGACUUUUUUAAGACCAUGAUGAAUAUUGGAAUUAACUACAAAAGUGGUUUACUUACCGAAAGUCUUAAUCCUGAGAUGAUUAAUUUGCAGAUUUAUCCAUUUUCUUCAGAUCAACUUGAAUUUUCGAACAUUGAGUACAGCAAUUCUGUUAAUUCAUUACACCAAAAACUUGAUAUUUACUUCAACAAGUCCAUUUUUAAGAUUAAGCUAUUAAGGAACAUCUUACUUGUUCCAAGAAGUGAUAUGGACAUGAAUUUUAUUGAAAGAAUUAAAGGAAUUGCAAUUGAACUUUUUAAUCUCGUUCAGGAUGAGAGAAUGGAAUUAAGCAAUAAUGUCAACAUGAUGAUUAAUUUAAAACAGAACUUACGUGAUAUAGAAACAGCUACUUCCACAAAGAAUUCAAUAUUCGAAAAUGAGUUUAAAAAGUUUUCUGUAAUUAAAAAUUGUUUUGUUCAAAACAUUGAAGUUUUAGAACAAGUUCAAAUUCUCCUAAAAUGUGCACCAAAGAAUGAGGAAUCUAAGGAAUUAAAAGUCCUUGUGUCUACAAACAAUGUCUUGCAUAAAAAGAGUCAAAUUUACGGUAAAAUUGUUCAGCAAGUUAAUGACAUAAUAAUAGAAUCAAAUGCAUCAUUAAAGGCUCUAAACAUCCAUAAUUCAAGAUUUGUUAACGGAACUGAUGAACAUUUAUCAAAAUUGAAAGGAAUCAUUAAGAAGCUUGACAAUCUGAAGCAGUUCUUUGUUGUUGAUAGUGAAUAUUCAAUUUAUGGAUCUCCUGUCAUCGAUUUGAUUGCCUUGCUUAAUCUGGAACUAGAAAAAAUUAAUGAAAUCAACAAAAAAGUGCCUCAAAGUCAAUUAAACAUCAAUAGUGACUUGGAAAGCUUAUCACACAUGAUUUUAUUAGCUAUUCAAAACAUUUUCAAGGAAUAUCGCACAACAGUUGAGAAUAUAGAGUCAAAUGAAGCCAUAGAAGAAAAUCAUUUGAAAGAAAAGCUGCACAAAAAAUUAUUAGAGGACAUAAAAACUGUAAACCUCAAGAAAAUCAAUGAAAAAUUGUCAGAAGUAAUGAACAAACUAUUUACAACAUCAGUUGACUCUGAAAGUUUAGAAUAUUUAAGCAAAGUACAUCCAUUAAUUAAACAAUACAAGUUACUUGCCGAUUAUUUCAUAAUUCAGCACAUUAGUGCCAAUAAAGUUUCAUCAAAAAUGCUUUCAAUCACAUUAAGUGUAUUUUUGGAAUUAGCUAAAAAUGGAUUUUGUAUACCUGAACAUCUCCUGUCUGACGAGGAACAGAAGGAAGAAAAUGACUCAAAAACAGGCGAAGGCUUUGGAUUUGAAGACGGUGAUGGUGAAAAGGAUGUUUCUGAUAAAUUGGAAUCUAAGGAUCAACUUGAUGAAGCUAGAAAGCCUGACGAUUAUAAUAAAGACCAAAAGGACAAUAAAGAAUGCAAGGAAGAGAAAGGAAUCGACAUGAGUGACAAUUUUGAAGGUCAAAUGCAUGAUGUUUCUGACAAUGAGUCUAAUUCUGAUGGCGAAUCAAAUAAAGAUGAAAAUGAGGAAAUGGAUAAGGAAAUGGGAGAUACAAAAGAAGGUGCUGAUAAAUUGGACGAUCAAAUUUGGGGCUCAGACGAAGAAAAAGAAAACGAACAAGAAGAACAAGAUAAAAAGGAUGAAACAGGCAAAGGAAGUGAUGAACAAAGCGAUAAACAUAACGAUUUGGAUGCAGAAAGUGACCAGAAUAUUGAUAAUCAUAAAGAGCAACAAGAAGGACUCGAUGCAGCAUCACAAAUGGAUGAAGACAAAAAUAAACAAAAACAAAAGCAAAAACAGGAUAUAGAUCAGAUGAAUGAUGAAGAAGGCGAUGACGAUCAAACGAAUCCUUACCAUAAUGAUUUAGAUGAACCACCAGAACCUGAAGAUUUCGAUUUAAAUGAUGACAUGAAUUUAGACAGUAAAGAACAGCAGAAUGACGAACAGACAAAUGAAGAAAAUCCAUUCGAUAUCGAUAAAAUGAAGGAACAAGCAGCAGAUGAUAUGGACGGCGAAAAUGAUGAAAAAAGUCCUAGUGAAAGUAAUGAAAAUCCAGAAGAAAACCCUGAUAUGUCUGACAGUGAAAACGACACAGAAAAAAUGGACACAAAUGUUGACGACGAGAAUCCAGAAGAAAUUAACGAUCAACAAGAGAAUCCUGAAGAUCAAGCAAGUCAACAGCCUGGAUUGGAUGAAAAUAACGACACAAAUGAAAAAGAAAAUGAACUUCCAAACGAGUUCCAAGAAUCGAAAGACAAAAAGUCUAAAGAAGAAAACAUCCAGUCAAUGCCAAAUCAAAAAGACCAGAAAAGUUCAUUUGAUCAAGUGCAAAUUGAGAAUAUGGAAACAAAUCAACAAGAAAAUGAAAUUGAUGAUCAAGAUACAGGCGAAGAUAAAGAUGGCAUCGGUCAGGCUGAAAAUAAAGAAUCAGAAACUGGUCAUCAAGGUGUUUCUGAGACAAAGGAAUCAAAAUCUAAUAAAAAUCGCGACAAUGAUAAUUCACAACAAAAACGUAGGAAAGGAAAUACAGAUGAGGAACGAACGCUUGGAAGUGUUGAUGAUUUGAAGAAAAAGUUCCUUAAAACAAUAGAUAAAAUUAAUCAGGCACAAAAUAAAGAUGAAAAUGAUGAUAAUAAUAAGCAAGGCGAUGAUGAAGAUGAAUAUCAGCAUGUUAAGGAUGCUAAAAAGUCUGAUAAAACGACUAUGGACAAUGCGACUGAGGAACAGUCAAAGGAAAUUAAGCACGAAGAAAAUUUUAAGCAAGAAAAUCACGAUUUAGAGUCAAAUGAUCAGUUAAUGGACGAUGACAAAAUUGAACCAGAAAUUCAGGAUAUAACUGAAGAAAUUAAUAGUAAAAAAUUGGAAGAAAAUAGCAACAAGCCUGCCAAAAAUAGCGAACAGACAAAAGAUCGACUUAAUGACCAACAAAAUCAGGAAACAGUUGUGGAUGGUGAAAAUGUCAUGACUUCAAAUGUAUCUCGAGGAACUGACACAACAGCACAUUGUCAAAUGGACAUAAUUAAUGAUUCUACAAUGUGUGAGGAACAGUCGAAUGCAGAAGAGCUUGAAAUUCGUAAACAAGUCGAGUCAGAACUGAUGAGUCAAAAAGUCAUUAAUCCAGAUGCAGCAAAUAUGGAUAAUUGGCAAAAGAUAUCCAACCAAAUGGUAUCAAAUGCUAGAGAACUUUGUGAGCAAUUGAGACUGAUUCUUGAGCCUACAAAAUGCACAAGACUUAAAGGUGACUACAGAACUGGACGUCGUAUAAAUAUGAAGAAAAUUAUUCCAUACAUAGCAUCACAAUUUAGAAAGGAUAAGAUUUGGUUGAGAAGAACUAAGGCUGCACAGCGUGACUAUAAAAUUACAAUUGCUGUCGACGAUUCAAAGUCUAUGGAUCAUAACAACUCAAAGGAACUAACACUUCAAACAAUAUCUCUUGUGUCUCAAGCCUUGACAUUAUUGGAAAGUGGAAAAUUGUCUGUUGUGUCCUUUGGUGAAGCUUGUUCUGUCCUAUUAAAAUACAAUGAUCAAUUUAAUGGACCAAAACUUGUUAAUUCACUAAAUUUCGACCAGAACAAGACAAGAAUUGCUGAUUUAUUAGACUUUACAAGGGUCAUGAAUCAAGAAGAUGCAUCGUCUAGUAAUGCCUUGUUUGAGCAUCUUAUGAUUGUUCUUAGUGAUGGACGUAAUAUAUUCAGUGAAGGCGAGAAGAGAGUUAAAAAUGCCAUAAAAAUGGCACGUCUACAAAGGAUGUUCUUAAUUUACAUAAUUAUUGAUAAUCCUGACAAUAAGGACUCAAUUUUGGACAUUCGCACAGUCUUACCAUUCACAGCAACAGAGAAGACGACACGAAUAGUUUCGUACAUGGAUAACUUCCCAUUUCCAUAUUAUGUGAUUGUUCGUGAUUUAAAUCAACUGCCAGUUGUGCUUAGUGAAGGAUUGAGACAAUGGUUUGAGUUAGUAAAUAGUGAGCAGUAAAUGCUUUGUUUAUAUAAAAAUUAUAUAUUUGAAUAUUAAUCAAUCAAUAAAAAGGUUUUUAAUUAUACUUGAAUUUUA